AUGAAGUUCCUUCCUUUGCCCGAACUUGAGGACGUGACGAGCUCGCUGAAUUUCGACACCGCCGACUGUCAUAUCGUUGGUGGCUGUGACCUAUAUACCACCAAGGCCGCCCGAGCGGAUCGGAAGUUGUACAGGAAUAUUGAGCAAUCUUUGGAGUCCCAAUAUGAAUCCGUGCUUCGCCUGUCGGCUUCGUUGUCGCCGCCAAAUGCAUCCGACGCGGCCGCGUCGCUCAAUCUGUCCCGCUCCAGUCCCUUUGGCCCCCUGAGCGAUCACUCCAGCCGUCGAACCUUUGCAUACUUGAUCGCAACAUUAAAUGCCAGCCAUCCCGAUUAUGACUUCUCACAUGUAUUGCGCCCGUCUGAUUUCCACCGCGAGCGCAAUCUCAAGAGGGUCAUGAACACGAUCGACUCCACAUUGUUCAACUUGCGACCGCGCGAAGCCAUUGACCUGACACCCCCAUCGCCUGUGACCGUCUCUGGAUCAUACAACGCGGGUGCAUCUGCUACAUGGGGACCGAAAAUGUGGGGAGUCAUUAAUGAGCAUAUGUCGCUGAAAGAGUGCUCAUUGUAUUCCUACUCGCCGGAGGAGGAUCCGUCGGACGCCGAUGACGGAGCGAUCUGGAGUCUCCACUAUUUCUUCUUCAACCGGCUUCGCAAGCGGGUCUGCUAUCUUUAUCUCCGAGCUAUCCCGAUCCUGAGUCAUACUCCCAGUGAGGGAGUGGCUACGCCUACGACGAAGCGCACAUAUGAUGACGGAUACUUGACCCCCGAACUCAGCUCUAGCAAGCGGGCUCGCUAUUGGCUGGGCGAAGGCGUCGAGCUCGACAGUGAAAGUGACGAGGAGGAUCUUUCGAAGUCGCAUCAUGCUGGAGACGAGUACGAUCCAUAUGUGCUCAGUGACGAGGAGUUCCGAUCCCGGUCCGGUAGUAAAGGGACCGUUCGGGCGAUGAGCGAGGAAAUCGCCGACUCGAUGGAAGUCUGA